UUUCACAUUGAUGAACAUAUUGCAGAGAUCAGGAAGAUUGCAAGAAAUUUUACCUGAAUUUCAAAAACCCAACAGGAUAUCAGUGUAGUUACCUAAUCUCCAAAAAAGGCACUGAAGUGGGAAUGAAAGCCCUGAUUAAUGAUUAACCUGUCUGUCAAAUUUACCGUCUACAGUGAAGCUGCUGAAAGCAUUCCAGUCUCUGCCUUCCAUGAGAGAAAGCAACUGAAUUACGAACAAGAAACAUGUCCACCAGCCGUAGCUUCCACAACAGGUCCUCUCUACUCUCAAAGAUAAGGAGUCAAGGUCAGCCACACAAUCCUCACGUGCACAACAGAGAGGAUUUGCCUAAAAUGUGGUUACCAGCAGGCAACAGGGACAUCCACUGCCCUGUGUGUUUACAGAUCGCCAGCUAUCCUGUAGAGACAAACUGUGGGCAUGUUUUCUGUGCAUCAUGUCUGAUAUCUUACUGGAAACAUUGCUCCUGGUUAGAUGCCAUCAACUGUCCUUUGUGCAGACAGACGGUGAAUAAGAUGUGCCGUCUCUUCAGCGAGAACAGAGCUGACUAUAAAGAGAGAGAAGUGCUGAGGCAUGUCAGAGACUAUAACAAGCGCUACUCUGGAGCACCAAGACAGGUAAAGGACUACCUGUGUGAUACACCUCUCUUCCUGCUCUUGCUGGUGAGAUGGCUGGGGAACAUGAGCGGACUGGUGUGGCUCUUUCUCUUGAGGGUGGCUGUUUGUGGAUUUGGCGCUGCCAUGUCCUUGGCUUCCCCACUGGAGACUCUUCCUGGGCCAUUGAGCAGUGUGCUGGGCACACUGGAUGAUUUUGUAGUGGUCUUCCUUCUUCUCAUCUGCAUUAUUAACAUCAACCAACAGAUGGGGCAACAGAGAACAGGAACACACACAGUCACACAGGGUGUGCUGACCGAUACAUUGUAGAGGAGUGAUAAUGUGCUUACUAGCAUGUUGAAAUUACUCUAAACAACCUUGUUGGCAAAGGUUAACUGUGUUAUGACCUGCUGCACUUUGGUCUUAGUGAACAUGGAGUUCAGAUGUUAUAAAAACAGGCAAUUUAAAGCUGUGUAUUAAAGACAGAUUGUACAUAAUAAAUGUAAAGUGCUUUUGUAAAUAUUCAAGUUUCUAAUAAAUACUUAUUUAUAUAUCUA